UUUCUCCCCUGGGUCUCUCCCACCCUCCUCCUGCCCCUCCUCCUCCUCUCUCUCCCUCCCCUCUGCUAGGGCUUGGGGAAUUCUACUUGUCCAUUUUUAGGAAGCAUGGAUGAUAACUGCUUUUCUCUCAGUUGGUAAUUAUGUUUGGAGUGGUAAGAAAAAGGAAAUAGCUGCCUGCCAUAUAUGCUUAUGACAGGGAGAUUUUCUAGUUAUUUAUCUUUGCACUUUUAUUAGCUAUUAUUCAGCUUUCAAAAAAAUCAGGCACCAUGUUUUCAUUUGUCUUGUGAGGAAGUCUGGCAGCCUAUCUUUCAUUUACUGACCAGAAGGAAAGGAGGCACAGGUUAAAGGAUAUUAUGAUGAUUCCUUUCUGAAUGAAAAGUAUAUAUUACAAAGCAUUCAAAGGCAAGUGAAAAUUCAAAUGCACAGAGCAGAGCCAGAGAGCUUUUUACAGAGGCCCUUCAGAAGAGGCAGAAGAUACACUGUCAAACCCUAGAAGGAUUCUACUGUUUUCUUCUCUACCUUGAAAAGACUUGAAAAUUAAUGGGUAACAUUUUGCAUGAAAAUUUCUGAAUGCUAUUUGUUCUUAUCUCUUGAGGCCUUCUGUGGAGAAUUAAUAGGAGGCUGAAUGUACAAAUGGAUAAAAUGGAUCAAAUGGAUCGUCUUAAAGGAUUGAAGUUCCAAAAAUAUAUCAACAGGACUGGACAGGUUUGACAUAAUGAGAUUUCUAUUUUAGCUUGACUUCUGGAACUCUGAAUAAACUAUAAACUGAGCUACAUAAGGUCCUGGGAAGGAGGUUUCUUUUCUAAACCAUUCUAGCUACAUAUAACAUUUUUCUUAUUUAGAUCCUUUUAAAUAUAUAUAUUUAGUCAUCAAUUUCCUGAGGAAUAAGACUAUUAUACACGUACCAACUUUUAACAUAUAAAGUGGGAAAGAAAGCAACAAUUUGUGUCACACUGGAAAAGACAUUUAAUUAAGGAAACAGACCCCAGGAAGAGGAGAAAUCUCUGAAUAAGCACUGGUUGAGAUGGCAGAAGCUUCUGUAGAUGCCUCAACUCUCCCUGCAACAGUGAAAAAAAAGAAAAGUCUAUCCAUUGAAGAGAAGAUCGACAUUAUAAAUGCAGUAGAAAGUGGAAAGAAAAAAGCAGAGAUUGCAGCUGAAUAUGGAAUAAAGAAAAAUUCAUUGUCUUCCAUUAUGAAGAAUAAAGACAAAGUUCUAGAAGCCUUUGAAUCUCUGAGAUUUGAUCCAAAGAGAAAGAGACUGAGAACUGCUUUUUACACAGAUCUGGAAGAGGCAUUAAUGAGAUGGUAUCGAAUUGCUCAGUGUCUAAAUGUACCAGUUAAUGGUCCAAUGUUGCGCCUAAAAGCUAAUGAUUUUGCCCAGAAACUGGGACAUAAUGAUUUUAAGUGCAGUAAUGGUUGGCUGGAUCGCUUUAAAUCCAGGUAUGGUUUAGUAUUCAGAGCUCAACCUGUAGAAGCUACAGGUGUAUCAGUAGACCCUUCAACUGUUUGGCAGCAAAAUAUACUUCCUUAUUAUUUAAAUGAUUAUCAUCCUAAAAAUGUUUUUAAUAUAAAAGAGACUGGGCUGCUUUAUCGAAUGUUACCUACAAAUACAUUUGCAUUUAAAGGAGAAACAUGCUCAAUUGGAAAGCUGUGCAAGGACAGAAUAACCCUGGUAGUUGGGACAAACAUGGAUGGCUCAGAGAAACUUCCUUUGCUCAUCAUUGGGAAAAACAGAAAUCCACACUGUUUCAAAGGUAUAAAAUCAUUGCCUGUGUAUUAUGAAGCUAACAGAAUGGCAUGGAUGACCUCAGAUGUAUUUGAACAGUGGAUGCGGAAACUUGAUGAGAAAUUUCAAGCCCAGCAGCGAAGAGUUGUGAUUUUUGUUGAUUCUUUUCCUGCACAUCCAGAGGUAAAGAACCUAAAGUCCAUUGAGUUAGCAUUUUUUCCAUCAUGUUUGUCUUCCAAAUUUAUAGCUAUGAAACAAGGUGUUAUUAAAAGCCUUAAAAUCAAAUAUCGGCACUGUCUUAUCAAGAAAUUUUUAAGUUCUGUUGAAGGCAGCAAAGAAUUUACGUUUUCCCUAUUAGAUGCAGUUGAUACAUUGCAUCUCUGUUGGAGGGCUGUAACCCCAGAGACUAUUGUUAAGAGCUACAAAGAGGCAGGAUUCAAAUCUCAACAGGGAGAAAGUGAUAAGACAAAUUCAGAGACCGACACUGGUCUUGAUUUGGUUGCCCAUGCCCAAGCAGCGGGGGUAGAAUUUCCUGAAGGUUUAUCUAUAGAAGAGUAUGCUGCCCUGGACGAUGACUUGGAGACAUGUGAAGUGGCACCAAAUGGUGAUGAGGUGUUGACCAAAGAAAGUAAAUCGGAUGAAACUGGAUUUUAUACUUCCGAUGAAGAGGAUGAUGGUGGAUCUCUGGGAAAUGAACUUCCUGUACCAUCCAAAAAUGAGGCAAUAACUGCUUUAGAUACUCUUAAAAAUUUUCUUAGAAGUCAAGAUAUGAAUGAUGGGCUUCAUAAUUCUUUAGCAGACCUUGAAAUUUUUAUUAACUCUUUAUCACCUAAAUGAUUAUUUAUUUUAUAACAUCUGAAGAGUAAUACCUUUUCCUGAUGUAUUUUACUGUAUGAGGUAUGUAAAGGGAAACUACCACUUAAACAUAAAAAAAAUGAAAAAAUUAGUAAUCUUGGUUUACUUACAAGUGUCUUUGGUCUGAAUAGCAAAAUUCCCUAGGUAGAUUAAAUAAUAAUUAAGUAAAUGAAAAACUUGAAUUUCAAUUUAGCAAGUAGAAAUGUAUUUCAGAGGCCUUGUACUUGAAAAAUAUGGUAUAUAUGUUAAAAAUAAAAAACUCCAGCUGUCUGAUUUAUACAGGCUGAACUGCUGAUUGCUAUUUUUUUAUGUUCCCAUCAUGUUCUAGAAUAUUUUAACUUAUCUACCUCAUUUAAGAAAGAAAAUAUCUAUUAUUGCUUAGGUAUUUAUUUUUAUAAAUACAUAUAUAUGCUGAGUAUAUCCUAACUACGCUCUUAAGUAUCAAGUAUUAAUUUUAAAUUACUUAUUUUUUCUCAUAACUAGCUAAUCUUCCUAAAAAGAAAUUAUAAAAAAUUAUUGAAAAUAAAAUCUGAGCCAAUUAUAUACCAAAAUGAUUAAAAAUUUGUAUGAACUAUUUUCAAGUUAUUUCUAUAUAAGGUCAAACAAAAGACUGUGGCCUUGUCAGAUUUUUUUGUCACCUAUAACCAGAAGAUGAUGUGGAUUCUUCCUAAAUAUUUGUAUGUAUAUGUGUGUGUCGAAUAGCAAAAUACAUUAUUGAAACAUUUGUUAAACUCUUACGAUAUUUAUACUUUAAUAAGACUUCUCCUGAAAGUAAAUAUGAAGAUUACAUAUGCUGUUACUAGAAAAUAUGUGGUUCUUGGUUUCCUCAUUUUAACAGCUGAAGCUUAUAAUCUAUAAUAUUUAAUUAUUUUCUUGAUUUUACUGAAUUUUAUUUUUAGGGAAAACUGAGUGCCCUUUCAGCAUAUUCUAAUGUAUUAAUCCACCCCACCUAUGGUAAUAUUUUGGAUUAAAUUUCUGUUUGAGGAAGUUUGGUCUACAGAAUGUUUUAAAAUAUUGUACCAAAUUGUUUACUCUUUAUCCAUAAAAUAGUCUUUAAACAGUAGAAAUAUAACAAUUUGUCUGACUUUUCUAUUGUUAAAUUUUAAAUUGUGUGCUUAUUUAACUCAUUAUAGCUAAAUGAAAAGUAUUUUGAAAAAAUAUAAACUGUUUUUCAGAUUAUUUUUGUUAUGAAUUAUUAGUGUGCCAACAAAAGACACAUUUGGAAGGAAAUAUUUAUAGAAAGUAUUUUUAUUUUCCACUGUUGACUUACUCUGUUUUUGAGAUUUUGUAAUAGUAAGCCUUAAAAAUGUAUUAAAAUGAAGAGAGUUUCUUUUA